CCUAACCAGACUUAAGGCUAUGGUUGAGUGACUGUGACCGUUCCAGCCCUCCUCGCCUCUCCGCUGUCUCUCGCUCUUUCCCCCUGCGUGGCUGUAUGACAUGAGGUGAAUACCAAUUCCUCAGCAAAGCCCCUACGGUUUACAUGGCCGCUGCGCUUUCCUGUGCUGCAAAAAGGUAGGAGAUGUGUGAUGUAGGAGGUAUAUAUGUGCGUGUUUAUUCUUAGAUCAUUGAAACUGAUCGUUUGCCAACAGGUUGGUCCGUCGAUGGCGCUUUUAACUGUGUAUUUUCCCUCUCGUUUAUCACUCAAAGCUUGAUUUCCUCUGUGUUGUAUCAUGUCUAUGUGACAAUGUGGGAGUUACCAGAGAGAGAUGCAACAGUCCACCUCCCCGAGUGAUUCAUUACUAAUCCAUCCAGCUCUGCACUGUGUGGUCGCUCUAGCUCACCGUAGCCAUGUACGUGAUAUGAAUGGUGUUUUGUCUUAGUAUGAAUGACUGCCAGAGAAUGCCAUUCCUGCACUGGUGUUUUGAUGCAGUGCAAUCAUGUAACGCAAUCUUUUGUCACCAAGAAUCCAGAUUUAUCUCCAGCAGCCUGUAAAUCAAUUUGCUAUGCAGCACAUUUUAAUUAUUCAUACAGUACAGCUUUGGCUGAAUUGUAAGUUUAUAUGUGCCUUAAUGAGAUUUCUCUCCAAAAAUACCCAUGGAGCAGCUGCGAGCGAUCCUGGGAGUGUAUGUAAACAAUAGAGCUGAUUGAUUAUCUGUCUUUGCGAUAUACAAGAAAAGGCUGCAGGUUUGCUGGGCAUUUCAUUUUAAGGUCAUUGCUGGCUUAUGUGUGUAUUGAUAUCAAGAUUUUCUGUGUGUGUAUGGGAGAUAAAGGUUGAUGAGGCUGGUCUUGGCCCUCGUGACUUUAUCUCAUGUUUCCAUCUCAUCAUCACUUUCAGUAAGAGCUUCCUCUUACCUCGUCUCUCUGCCAUAUGAGCACUUCAGCAACACACUUGAUACUCGCCCUUUAUUCACUUUGAUUCUCCUGGAAACAGGUUGUUCAUUUUUUUUAAAUAACAGACUAAAAAAAGCAGAUUUGGACUUAUUGUUUUUCCACACAGAGACGCUGGGAGCAUCAGGAAUAUCCAUUAAAGCACACGCCAGCUGUCACCACUUUAAUUCCCCCUGUUCCCGACAGUAGGAAAAAGCUAUACACAGCUGGCAGCCCCCUUCUCAUUUCUGGUCCUCGAGCCCUUCUGGGACAGAGGCAAUAGGCAUUUUGUACGGCCCACUUUUAGACUCCAUUGGAUGGUGGGUUCUUGAAUGGAUGCAGAUCAAUGGAAACAGUAUGCGCAUACUCUAUUUGAAGACUGAGGGGGUGGUGUUUGUAAGACCCAAGGACAGUACACCUUCAAUGAGGAAUGAAGCUCAAUCCAUCAUCAGAAUUGACUCUGCCUCACAAUGGCUGACUGUGACCGGAUGCCCCAGGAUACAGGUUUUACCUUGAUCAUGUGAUGUGACUCCCCUGCCAGUUCGUUGCCAUCUCUCAUAGGGGCAUCAUGACCCGUCGGCUGAGUAGCUCCACUCGUUCCCACACCGAGGACUCCAUCUUCCUGAGGCCUGAUGAGGAUCCCGUUUGGCUAGACGAGCCCACAAAGACUGAAAAAAUUGGCGACGGAGCCCUUAAAAAAGACGGGCUCCUAGAAUAUAAAGAUGGAACCGCUGAGGGCCAAAACCCCCAAGAGGAAGUGUUUUUACGCAAGGUGUACACACUGGUGAUUGAACUCCACUGCUGGGCAGCACUGUUUAUCACUUCCCAAAUCUUGGGGUACUGGAUAUUUUUUGUGGUGGAUGGAAAUGGGCCACUCUCUUCCAUCUACAAAGCCCUGCAGGUCAUUGACUUCUACCUGGGGUUCAUCUUACCCUGCCACCCUAUUUUUGGAACGGAUUCAGUGGUGAUGAGGGAUGUGGUAAACACCACAGAGCACAAUUGGAUUGUUCAUGGCACUGCAGGCAUCGGUGUGGCCAUCUGUGUAGUCAUGAUCAUCCACCUGGUGUGCAAGUGGCAUUAUGGCUCUGGCUUGUGGUCAUCAGAAACUGUGUCGAGGGACGUUGGUGAUCGACGUCAGUCUGUGAGUCGUCAGCCCUCUUUCACCUUGUCAGAGUGGACAGAUGCCCAGGAGGAUCUGAUAGACCUGGACCCGGUGCCCCAGACUCCAGUAUUUGAUAUAGGCGCAGAUACCAGGACGGAGGGAGAUGCUGCCACCCUUACUGUCACACCAGUGGGGCUUCAGGAGAGGAGAGGCUCCAAUGUUUCCCUGACCUUGGACAUGUGCACACCAGGCUGCACAGAGCCCUAUGGCUACGGAGCCCAACUCUCUCCAAGAGACCAGUCGGCCCAGGACUAUCUCCGACAGGGAACGCACGUCCUGACCCCUGCCAUGCUACACACAAGGGCCAUGGACGACCAGAGCCUGCAGGCUGAGUUUUAUGAAACUCCCAUGAACUUUGUGGACCCUAAGGAGUACAAUUACCCAGGGCUGGUGAGAAAGAAUCGCUACAAAACAAUUUUACCCAACACGCACAGCAGAGUGAUCUUGAAGUCACAGGAUGAAGAUGAUUUUCUUUCUACCUAUAUCAACGCUAAUUAUCUCAAAGGUUAUGGGGGCGAGGAGCGUGCAUACAUUGCUACCCAGGGUCCCACUGUGAACACAGUGGGGGAUUUAUGGAGGAUGGUGUGGCAAGAGAGGACCCCAAUCAUAGUGAUGAUCACCAACCUGGAGGAGAAGAAUGAGAAAUGUGCUGAGUACUGGCCCGAGGACACUGUGACACACGAAGGCAUCGAAAUCACUGUGGUCAAGGUGACCCAGGAGGAUGACUACAGUCUGAGGGUGUUUACUCUGAAGUGCGGGGAAGAGGAGCGCACUCUGCGGCAGUACUGGUACACUUCCUGGCCUGAUCAGAAGACCCCAGACAAGGCUCCACCCCUGCUGGAGCUGGUGCAGGAAGUGGAAAGGGCCCGUGAGGAAGCCCUGCCCUCCAGUGGCCCUAUAAUUGUCCACUGCAGGGGUGGCAUGAUACAGACGUGUGAGCAGUACCAGUUUGUGCAUCACGUCCUCAGCUUGUAUGAGAAGCAGCUUUCUCAAACUGCUGAGGAAUAG